GACUCUUGGAUCCAUACAAUGUCAUCGCAAAUGGAUUCUGAAAAGCCAGUAUAUUACACUAAUAUAGAUCCUGAACUUGGCUUUCCACAGAAAGACUAUGAAGAGAACUACUGCAGCCAGGUGUAUCCUGUUACACUGUCCUGGAAGGAUUGCAGUGUAUUUUCCCUCCCAAAAAGAAAGCUUUGUUGCCUUUUGAAUAAAGAAGAUGAAUCUCCCAAACAAAUUCUGACCAACGUUAGUGGAGUAAUUAAACCUGGAAGGUUAACAGCCGUCAUGGGAGCAAGUGGAGCAGGCAAGUCCACCUUACUGAAUAUGCUGACCUUCAGAAACAGAGGGUCGCUUGUCAUUCAGGGAGAUAUAAAAGUAAACGGUGUAAUAAUGGAGAAAGAAAAAAUGGCAAAUCUCUCAGCCUACGUGCAGCAGGAUGACGUUUUCAUUGGCACCAUGACUGUUAGGGAACAUCUUAUUUUCAGGGCGAUUUUAAAAAUGGACGGAAGAACUCCAAAAGCAGAGAAACUCCAGCGAGUAGAGCAAGUUAUACAACAGCUUGGGCUAGCAAAAUGUGCAGAUACUGUAAUUGGAACCCCAGGAAAAAAGAAGGGAAUUUCUGGUGGAGAAUUAAAAAGACUUUCCUUUGCCUCCGAGUUGCUCACAAACCCUCCAUUGAUGUUCUGUGAUGAGGUCACUUCCGGUCUUGACUCGUUCAUGGCCCAAAGCGUUAUACAAUCACUGAAGACCAUGGUUCACACGGGACACACGAUCAUGUGUACUGUCCACCAACCCUCCUCAGAAGUGUUCGAAUUGUUUGACGAAAUCAUUCUAAUGGCGGAAGGGAAGGUAGCAUUCUCCGGACCAGUUUCACACGCCAUCGACUUUUUCAAAAGUGUUGGUCAUCCAUGCCCGGGGAACUAUAAUCCAGCCAAUCAUUUUAUACUUACUCUCGCCAUAGUUCCUGGCUACGAAACAGAAUGUAAAGGGCGUGUCGAGAAAUUAUGUGAAUUUUAUGAUAGCAGCUCGGCGUCCAAAAGAAUAGAUCAUUUUGAUGUCAAGAUGGAUCCAUAUGAGCGAAGAAUGUCACAAAAACUUCUCGAAGAAUCUAUACAUUCCAUAUCAAGCAGUGGGCCAUCAUACUUUCAGCAACUUAGAUGUGUCAUGUGGAGAAGUUGGAUUACAAACAUACGAGAGCCCAUGCUAGUCAAAAUUAAAUUUAUUCAAACAAUAAUCUUUGCCCUAUUUAUGGGUCUGGUCUACCUGAAAACUUCCAAUAAUUACAAUCAAGAGGACAUCAUGAACAUUAACGGAGUUAUCUUUCUUCUCAUCAUCAGUUUCACAUAUAACAAUUUAUUUCCUGUCUUAAAUGUUUUUCCAAAAGAAAUACCGGUCUUUUUGAGAGAACACGGUGCAGGCCUCUAUAGAGUGGAUGUGUAUUACUUCAGUAAAAUGGCUGUUGAGAUUCCAUUCCUUGUCAUUAACUCAACUAUGGUCAUUGCCAUUGUUUACUGGAUGAGCGGCCUCGUACAUGAUCUCAAUGCCUUUGUAAAUGCUGCUAUUAUUUCUGUGUUAGCUUCUGCAUCUUCGUCUUCAUUUGGCUAUGCUAUAUCUGCCGCCUCACCGUCAGUUACAAUUGCACUGUCCUUAGGACCUCUCCUGAUGACCCCUUUUCUUUUGUUUGGAGGGUAUUUUCUCAAUAAUGGGUCGGUGCCCGACUACUUCCUUUGGGUCAAGUAUGCCUCAUGGUUCUUGUACAGUAAUGAAUUGAUGAUUACAAAUCAGUGGAACGGUGUCAGUCAUAUAAGUUGUGGCGAUGUUAACUCUACAGUGUGUAUUCACACAGGCAAAGAAAUCAUUCACAGUCUAAAUUAUGACGAGAACAAUUUCUACUUUGACCUUGUCAUGCUUUCGACCAUAAUCUUGACGUACCGGAUUCUGGCUUUUCUUAUACUCCUCAUUAAAGCCAAGAUGUCCAAAUGUUAGAGGUGCAGUGAAAGUGAAAAAAAUUAGAAAAUCGGAAGUAGUAGACAUUUUAUUUCAAAACUACUUGCAGAGGCCUUACCCAAGUCUGAACGUUAGGUUUGAGACAGAGAUUAGUAGAUGCUGCAAAAUCUGUUGGACAGAUUUAUAAUCUUGAAUGCUCGCUAUCCAUUAAGACAUGAAGAAAAACAAAUAACUAUACUUAUUUAAGUGGGAGUACACUGUCGUGCCUUUGAUCUGACAUUUCUUUGCGAUUUUAUGAGUAUGCUUUAAAUGUAGUCAUGCAUAUUGUAAAAUAUAUAAACGAACGCAAUCAUGAUCG